AUGAGCUUUGUGCUGUACCGGUCACGGGAGUUCUGGACUGAGCGGGCGCCUCGCGGAGACCCCCCCACGGCCGAGUUCCACCUGGGGAAUGCCAGCGCCGCCAACGUGGGGAGAUACACCUGCUACUAUCACACCACCAGCGAGCCCUUCAUCUGGUCCAACGCCAGCAACCCCCUGGAGCUCAGGGUCACAGACGUUCCCAGCACCUGGGAGCGGUUCGUGGACGUGGGCGGGAAGCUCCGGGUGAAUUGUUCCAUCCCCGACGCCCCGGGCGGCUGGUUCUUCCUGUACCGAGACGGGGAUCCCGAGCCCCUGGCCUGGAUCGCAGCUGAUGGGGACGAUGUGCCGUCUGGCUUCAAUCUCCUGGAGGAGCAGGCCCUGGGCCCCGGUGGGGUCUUCAGCUGCCACUACGGGCCGGAGGAACCGGGCACCCGUUUCGACCUGGCUCUCAAUGACACGGAGGUGCGGACCCAAGGGUUGGAUUCUGGGGGCACCGAUUACAGCCAGACCAACGCGCUGCGGCUGGGCCUGGGGGCCGCCGUCCUGCUGCUGGCGCUGCUCUUUGUAGCCCAGGCCUGCUGGGAGGAGAGACACCUGCAAGACUGA